AUGGUUCACAAACCAUCUUCUCGCGGUCGGAUAAAUGGCGAUUCAGUCCACAAACCAGACGACCUUGAGUCAGCCAUUAGUUCCACACGACGACGUCCGCAAUUUCAAGACAUUGCGAAUCUUGCGGUGCAAAAUCAUUUCCACGCGGAGCUCAAACGAAAGCUCAAAGAGGGUGUAGAUCACGACGGUCUAGAGAAGUACAGAAAAAGUGUGUCCGAAAUCAAGAAGCUGAAGAAUAAGAAAGUGAGAGUGUUCUACGAAGCACAGAAUGAUAGACUUAGCGAUUGGCUAGAGGUCGAUGCAGUGGUUGCUAGCAUGGCGGAUGAUGUUCUGGACUCAAUGCGACCUCAAGACACGGAUGGGGACGGCGUUGCCGAGCAAGGGGGUAAAUUGAUGGAUACAAGAGGUGACAUAGACCCCUUGCUACCACACGAUGAAAGAGAAAGGAGGAGGACUGGGGAAAAAAGGGCGAAGUGGGCAAUCAACAUCAACAUUAUAGCCAACAUCCUCCUCCUUGCCGCCAAGGGCGUCGCCGCUCUCAAAUCUGACUCCCUUUCUCUCAUCGCCUCCCUCGUCGACUCUGCCCUCGAUCUGUUAUGUACCCUCAUAAUUUUCACGACAAACAAGCUCGUCGCGUGGAAAAUCAAGCGUCUACGGCACAAAUUCCCCGUUGGCCGGCGGCGACUCGAGCCUCUCGGGAUUGUCGUCUUCAGUAUCAUCAUGAUCGUCUCAUUUCUUCAAAUUCUCCAAGAGUCUGUCUCCAAACUGCUGCCCGGUCCUGGCCCGAAAGUCGCAGCUCAACUUCCGCCUACGGCCAUUGGUGCUCUCGUCGCGACGGUAGUAGUCAAGGGUAUCAUCUGGAUUGGCUGCGUACCUAUAAAGACAACACAGGUCCAAGCCCUAGCGCAGGACUGCAAAACCGACGUAGUUUUCAACACCUUCUCCCUCCUCUUUCCGCUGAUCGGGCAUUCCUUCCACCUCUGGUGGCUUGACCCCGUUGGCGCAGCCCUGCUGUCUCUCUUCAUUAUCUAUGAUUGGGCAGAAACGCUAUUCGAAAACGUGGCACGCCUGACGGGGGCAGCGGUAGACGAUCGCGUGCUGAAGAAGCUAAUGUUUAUGGCGUGGAGGUUUGCGCCAGUAGUGGAGGCUUUCAAGGCUGUCACAGCGUACCAUGCGGGCGAUGGCGUGUGGGUGGAGAUGGACGUGCUGAUGCCGGAGGAGACGAGACUCGGGAAGGCGCAUGAUGUGGCGGAGACCUUGCAAUAUUGUCUUGAGGGCUUGACUGAGGUUGACAGGGCGUUCGUUAGCGUGGACUACACGAGCGAGGGUCCGACUGGGCAUGCUGAGGAGUCAAGGUGA